GCUGGUGGAAGCAUUGGUGGAAAUCCGCUGUGGCUGACAGAAACAUUCCUCGUCUCUUACAGUCGGCCAAUUCUCAGCGUUAGUGGGGGAAAACACCUGUGAAGACACUUUGGAGGUGAUAAGCCGUGGAAACGCGGGACCGCAUUUUUUGGCUAUGGCUGAUCAUAUGCAGUAUAACGAAUCUAUGAUCGGUGUGACCAACCGAUUUGCCCGCAAAGGUGCUCUGCGGCAGAAAAACGUGCAUGAAGUUAAAAAUCAUAAAUUCACUGCCAGGUUUUUUAAACAACCGACCUUCUGCAGCCACUGCAAGGACUUCAUUUGGGGAUUUGGGAAGCAAGGAUUUCAGUGCCAAGUGUGCUGUUUUGUGGUUCAUAAGCGGUGCCAUGAAUUUGUCACCUUCUCCUGCCCAGGAGCAGAUAAGGGUCCUGACACGGACGACCCCAGAAGCAAGCACAAGUUUAAGAUCCACUCCUAUGGGAGCCCCACGUUCUGCGACCACUGUGGCUCACUGCUCUACGGCCUCAUCCACCAGGGCAUGAAGUGUGACACGUGUGACAUGAACGUGCACAAGCAGUGUGUGAAUAACGUGCCCAGCCUGUGCGGGACUGACCACACGGAACGUCGCGGCCGCAUCUUCCUCAAGAUCGAGGUGGGAGGAGACCGGCUCCAUGUGACAGUCGGGGAAGCCCGUAAUCUUAUUCCGAUGGACCCCAAUGGGCUGUCAGACCCUUACGUCAAGCUGAAACUCAUCCCUGACCCCAAGAACGAGACCAAGCAGAAGACCAGGACCAUCCGCUCCUCCCUCAAUCCCACAUGGAACGAGUCCUUCACUUUUAUGCUCUUCAACAGCAAGCUGAAGGCCAUGGACAAGGACCGGCGCCUCUCAGUGGAGGUAUGGGACUGGGACCGGACCACCAGGAAUGAUUUCAUGGGCUCCAUGUCCUUCGGUGUGUCUGAGAUCAUCAAGGCGCCCAUGUGUGGAUGGUACAAAUUGCUGAACCAGGAAGAGGGCGAGUAUUACAAUGUUCCCAUUCCAGACGUUGAGGACAUCAAUCAAGUGGAGCUCCGGCAGAAGUUUGAGGCAUGCCAACUAAACCACUUCCUAAAGAAAGCCAAGAUGGGUCCUGGGAAAAAGAUGAUCAAUUCUUCAGACUAUCGCCGGUUCAGCCUGCCGUCCGGGAACAUGGACCGGGUGCGCCUCAGCGACUUCCACUUCUUGUCUCUGCUCGGCAAAGGUAGCUUCGGCAAGGUGAUGUUGGCGGAAAUGAAAACCACAGAGGAGCUGUACGCCAUCAAGAUCCUGAAGAAGGACGUGGUGAUCCAGGACGACGACGUGGAGUGCACCAUGGUGGAGAAGAGGGUGCUGGCCCAGCGUGACAAGCCGCCCUUCCUCACCCAGCUGCACUCCUGCUUCCAGACCGUGGACCGACUCUACUUUGUCAUGGAGUACAUCAACGGGGGAGAUCUCAUGUAUCACAUCCAGCACGUGGGCAAGUUCAAGGAGCCACAGGCUGUGUUCUAUGCUGCAGAGAUCGCAGUAGGAUUGUUUUUCCUGCACCGAAAAGGAGUCAUAUACAGAGAUCUGAAGCUGGACAACGUGAUGCUGGACUCGGAGGGCCACAUCAAGAUCGCCGACUUUGGAAUGUGCAAGGAGAACAUGUACGAGGGCAUGACCACGCGCACCUUCUGUGGGACACCUGACUACAUCGCCCCAGAGAUCAUUGCAUAUCAGCCCUAUGGGAAGUCAGUGGACUGGUGGGCCUAUGGAGUUCUGCUGUACGAGAUGCUGGCUGGUCAGCCGCCGUUCGAUGGCGAGGACGAGGACGAGCUCUUUCAGUCCAUCAUGGAGCACAACGUGUCCUACCCCAAGUCCAUGUCCAAAGAAGCCGUGUCCAUCUGCAAGGGGCUGAUGACCAAGCACCCGUCCAAGCGUCUGGGCUGUGGGCCGGAGGGGGAGAGGGACAUCAGAGAGCAGGCCUUCUUCCGCCGCAUCGACUGGGACCGUCUGCAGAACCGAGAGAUCCAGCCUCCGUUCAAGCCCAAAGUGUGCGGCAAAGGAGCAGAGAACUUCGACAAGUUCUUCACACGCGCGCAGCCUGUGCUGACUCCGCCUGACCAGCUCGUCAUCGCCAACAUCGACCAGAGCGAGUUCGCCGGCUUCUCCUACAUCAACCCGCAGUUCGUCCACCCGUCCCUGCACAGCAGUGUCGUAUGAGGGGCCACUGGGAGGAGCCGAGGGAGAGGCUGAAGGGGGGACGGGGCUUUUGAGCACUUCAGGACAUGCAAAUCCAAAUUGCUUGUAAUUAAAACGUCAUUACAGAUGGUCACCAUAAAAUAAUUAUUCAAACCCAAAAUUCAACAGCUUAUCCGAGGAAAAAGUAUGAAUUUCCAUUUUUACUAACAACAAGGUCCCCAUAUGUAAAUGAAUUUUGCUUAGCACAGGGGCAAGAUUGUGGCAUUACCAAAGUCUGUAUUGGCAAGUAUCGCUAAUUAGCAGCCAUCUUGGAAACACCUCCAAACAGCUAUUUUGGACAAAACAGAUUGGACUCCUAUCUAAAUGGGCAGUGGUAGUGUAGUGGCUAGGGAGCCGGGCAGCCCGACAAGUUGUUGGUUUAAGUCUGGCUGUGUGCCACUGUUGUGCCCUUGACCAAGGGACUUCACCCCGAGUCGCUCUGGGGAAACUGGCCUGUAAUAAUUGACAUAUGUAAGUGGCUUUGGAUAUAAGCGUCAGCCAAAUGAAAUGAAUAAGUAUAGAAAGGAAAGAGGAGAGUCUCAUAACUCUGCAUAAAAUGGUCAAACAGACGUUAGAAGUAAAUCGCUGGAUUCACUGUUUAAAUCUGACAUGAAUGGCAAAACAAUUGUCAGUAGUCAAUGACAUAAGGCUGAAAUGCUGACUUUUUUCCCAGAUUUGCUGUUGCGUACAUGCACCCAAUGUGAUAGUGCUUCUGCUGUAGCAAUUAUAGAAAUAAACAGAACGUGCAGGAGAGGCACAAUGUACAAUACAAGGCAGACUUCCAGUUACAGUUUUGCCAUCUUUCGCAUUAUACAGACUCCCCCAUUCAAUUCUCCCUCCGUCAUUGUGUCUCUGGCAUUACAAACACCAAAUGACUUAUAAUAAGUCCCAAAAGAGAGAGAUACAGAGAUAAUUGUGUCCAUUCACAGUCCAGACCCUGUGAGUCCCAUUUGCAAAGCUCAGCCAGCGUCCCCCAGAUCUCCUGACAGUCAGUGUUGGUUAGGGUCCACAACUCUCCGAUUGAAAAAAAAACAGCUCAGUGUAUGUGUGUGUGAG